CAAUUAGGCUACUUCUCCAAUACUGUACUUCACCCUGGUUCAGCUGGCUGCACAUGGUGAAAGAAUUACAAUACAAACUUUGAGACGUCAAGAGAAAAAGAAGGCGGUUCUUCAUUGAGACCUACAAAGUCCGAAGGCAAAAAGGGGACCAGAUUAUUCUCUCAAACCUGCAAAUCCUUUCUGUGACAAACUCCCGAAAUAAACUGUGUCGUGACCAACGCUGCAGAAUGGAAAUAUCCAAAGGGGAUGACCAUUCGACUGAGCAUGCUGCCAAUUUACUAAGUUCACCUGGUCGAGACAAUCAGAUGAGCCACAGUGGACAGGUCCACAAGAAGAGGUCGAACAACCGUAUGGUAAUCGUUGCGGUAAUGUUGCUGUGCUUGUUGAUCACCGUCAUCUCAGUCAUAUUUGCCUUGAAGCAGCGCUGCGAUGUUAAAGUGACUAGCUGUAAGAACAGGUGUGUGACGGGGAGUAGUGACAAGUCUGCAUCGUGCCACUGUGACCUGUCCUGUGAGAAAGAGGGAAACUGCUGUCUUGAUUACACUGAGGUGUGCGUAGACCCUGGUCUGCGCUGGACCUGCUCCAGAUUCCGCUGUGGUGAGGAAAGGUUGGCCGAUAGCCUGUGCUCAUGCUCUGAUGACUGUGUGAAAGCAGGGGACUGCUGUGCAAACUACUACAGCUCCUGCAAAGUGGGAGUGAAGUCCUGGAUAGAAGAGGAGUGCGAGGACAUUCGAACACCACAAUGUCCUGCCAGUUUUUCCAAACCCCCUCUGAUCCUGGUGUCUAUGGAUGGCUUCCGGGCGGGUUAUUUAAAGGACUAUGGCAGUCUUCUUCCAGUCAUCAACAAAUUACGCAACUGUGGCACCACUACGCCGUACAUGAGACCUGCCUAUCCCACCAAGACCUUCCCCAACCACUACACCAUUGUGACUGGUCUCUAUCCAGAGUCCCAUGGGAUCGUGGACAACAAGAUGUACGAUGUGACCCGCAACGCCUCCUUCAGCCUGAAAGUGGCUGAGAAAUUCAACGCCAAAUGGUACCAAGGAGAACCAGUUUGGCUCACUGCCAUGUAUAAUAAGCUGAAGUCAGCCACAUUCUUCUGGCCGGGUGCUGAUGUGGCUGUCAAUGGAAGAUUCCCUGACUUCUACAAGAUGUAUGACAGGAACAUCCCAUUUGAGGAGAGAAUCUCAACCAUAUUUCAAUGGCUGAAUUUGCCUCAAGGGGAAAGGCCUGAUUUCUACACUCUGUACCUGGAGGAACCAGACUCUGCUGGCCACCGAUACGGACCAAUGAGCAGUCAGGUGAUUGAGGCCCUGCUGAACGUGGACAAGUUGUUGGGAUUUCUAAUGGACGGCCUGAAACAGAAGAACCUUCACCACUGUGUCAACCUGGUGCUUCUGUCUGACCACGGAAUGGAGGAAGCAUCCUGCAAAAAGGCUGCAUUCGUGAACUCGUAUCAGGACAACGUUGACGACUUCACUGUUGUCCAAGGCCCUGCUGCACGCAUCCGACCCAAGAAAGUCCCUGAAGACUUCUACUCCUUCGACUAUGAAGGCCUGGUGAAGAAUCUAUCGUGCAGGAUCCCUGACCAGCCCAUGAGGCCCUACCUGAAAGAGCACCUCCCCAAACGGAUGCACUUCGCUAACAAUGUGCGCAUCGAGAGGGCCCAUCUCUACAUGAAGCCUGGUUGGCAGGCUGCUCUCCAGCCUAAGGAAAUCAAGUACUGCAGUGGUGGAUUCCACGGCUCGGAUAACGUCUUCAAAAACAUGCAGACAAUUUUCAUCGGUUAUGGACCAGGGCUGAAAUACAAGACUAACGUUGCACCUUUUGAAAACAUUGAAGUCUACAACCUACUGUGUGAUUUGUUGGACGUUCCCCCUGCUCCUAACAACGGGACCCACGGGAGUCUGAACCACCUCCUGAAGAACCCUCCCCACCUGCCCGUGUACCCCGCUGAGCUCUCCUCUGACUCCAACUGUGAGGCGAGUGGCCCCGCCCCCUCUGAUGGUCUGGGCUGCAGCUGCAGUGCCCACACCAAAGCAGCGGAGAAGACUAUGAACAGGCAACUUAUCAAGGCUAAUUCCAAUUCCGGAGCCAAGGCUCUUCACCUACCAUAUGGAAUCCCUCGAGUUCUCCAGGAGAAUGCAGACUACUGCGUCCUUCACCACGCCGACUACAUCAACGGUUACAGCAAAGAUACUCUCAUGCCCUUAUGGGUUGCCUAUACAAUUAACCCACUGAACAAUGUCCGGCCGCUGAGUCCAGUAGCAGAGGCGUGUGUCCGUACAGACGUCCGUGUGGCACCGCUCUCCAGUCAGAACUGUGUCCGAUACAGGGAUAACCCUGCCCUGUCCUACGGCCUGCUGCAUCCACCCAAUCUGGGUGCCAAUGGAACAGAGGCUGAGUCAUUACUCACCAGCAACAUGGCGCCCAUGUAUCCUGCCUUUAAAGAUGUUUGGAUGUACUUCCAUGAUGUCCUCCUGGUGAAGUAUUCCCAGCAGCUGAAUGGGGUCAACGUUGUCAGUGGACCUAUCUUUGACCAGCACUACGACGGACACUUUGAUGCUCCCACAGUUAGCACACAACACGAGGCUCCCAUCCCCACUCACUUCUAUGUGAUCCUGACCAGCUGUGGGAACUCAUCCUUCUCCCCUACUGACUGCCAGGGUCGUCUGGAGACCACCUCCUUCAUCCUCCCCCAUAGACCUGACCACACUGAGACCUGCGCUAAUGGCUCAGACUUCCAGUGGGUUCAGGAGUGGGCCCAGUUCCACGCUGCCCGGGUCCGAGACAUAGAGCUCCUGACUGGACUCAGCUUCUACCAUGACAGGAUAUCAGUGGAGGAAACGCUACAGCUCAAGACAUUUUUACAGACUUUCUAAGAUCCCAGGAAGUCACCUCCGGAGGGUUUUGGUACUAUUGGACUAUUGUUUUGUUAUUAGGCCUUAUUACACAAAUAUGAAGGUAAAAAAUGUAGGGCUAAACGUGUAGUUCUGGAUCCCAUGAAAACAAAAAGGUGUAAUACUUAUAUUUAAGUGCAUAAAGGGAAGGAAUAAAGAGUUCUGUUUAAGUCCAGAACCAGCAACAUUAGACAUACAGAAAGACUUUGUGUGACAAAGAAGCCAUGUUAUGAGUCUAAUAUCAUAUACCUUUGUCAAUGGGUUUACCAGAACACUGUACCAAAGAAGUCAGCAUUACAUCCAUGUACUGCUCUGCUGAACCCCAAACACCACUUCAUCCCAGAAACUUCUUCAUCGUCUUCAUCCCAGGGAAUAUAGAGAGAACAGGACAAAAGAAGAAAGGAAAACUGACAGGAAACCUCAGACAUUCUGGAAUGAAAACGUUAGUAUCGGACAUUUGCAGAAGGGUUGAAAUACUGCCAAUGUUUUUGACUCAGAGGUGUGAUUUGGGGAGUUGGCUGAAAGACAUGGCAUGUACGCCCAAAACGAGAAUUUAGACAAAGGAAAAAAGGGUUUGGUCUACGAGAACAAAUAACAGGAAAACCACAUUCUAUACACAUCAUUUUCAUGGUCGCACUUGCCAAACGUGGGCAUUGUAUGUUUGACUUGAUUAUAGUUGUUGUGUUUUGUUAAUAUUGAUGUUGUUUUUAUAUAUUGAGUGUUUUAUUAUUGCUCUGUAACUAUAAAUGCAAGGUUGUGAAGUUUGAUAUCGGCAACUGGGAUUAAAUUCUUGACAGGA